AUUUGGUGUGGCUACGGAAGGUCAACCCGGCGGUGACAAGAGGGCCUAAAGGCCAUUCACCAGCCAGUCUUCAGCCAGCCCGGUGGUCCGCUUUAGUCAGCUGGCCAUCACCAUCCUCUUCUUGUGCCCAGGCCCUCCCGAGAGUUCACUGCUGAAGUGGCUGUGGUAAAAUCCGGUUUUCUCUUGCGUUUAUGAUGCUGGUGAUACACACCCCCGUGUGAAGCUGUGACGAUUCUCUACUGCUACAAGAGUUCAGUUCCGAGUAGAGCAAGUGAGCGUGGCAAUCGUGCACUAAUCAUCUAGUAGCCAGCUUCAACUAACGGAGUACUAGAACGAUGGCCGACGAAUUUGAUGCUUGCGAGUGCUUCUGGAACCAUGAGAUCGCUAUGCGAAGGUUGCUCUCAUUGCUGCGACAAGGACAAUCAUACUGUAAUGAUAACGAAUGUACCGAUCUGCCGACUCUCCCGAAUGCCAACGCUGGAACGAACUUUUUCCUGAUCAUCAUGGCCUUGAUUUUCGUGGCCGUUAUGUACGUGAUGCGGCCUCCAUCGCUACGGCGACGAAAUGACAUCAGCAAAGCACUACCGCCACCAUCCAACGAUGGACCCAACAAUGAUGGAGCACCGCCAUCAGUUUCCUGAAAAAAUCAACAAUGGUUCUUGAAUGGCAGCAGAGAGCACAAACGGAGUUGGUGGCGAUCGAUAGUCGCACGAAUGGUGCCCAAAGCCGUGAUCCCUGCUGGGCUGUGUGAUUCUCUUUCUUGCUCAUGGCUCCUUCUGUUAGCCAUCAUAUAAUGCUAUCGUCGAACGGAACGCCCCGCGAAGAUGUACCCCCUCGGAGCGGUGUGUAAAGUGAAUAUGGACAAAGUUUUCUUUUCAGUGCAAUUAUCUCUAUCUACACAUAUUUUCCUUUAUGUUUGUGCAUCAUCUGUUGUGGAUCAAUCUCAUUGGUCGCUAGGGACAGCCACGGUCAACGUGUUGUUUUUUUAAAAGAUUUAUUGUUCUUCCAACCUAAUACAACUUCACUCCAGUAAUCAUGUCGUAAUAGUUUGUUCGGACUGUUUUUCUCCGGUAAACAUAAUGACCCGUUUUGGUUCAGUGCUGCUGUGUUUCGUGUCCUUUCUAAUAAACCAUUUGCUGAUAAUAACUAUCCAUCACAUUCUGUACCCUUGCUGUCCUGACCAGCACAACAUGCAUUCAGUGCAAUCAAAUGCCAAGGGCAGUUUCUACAGCAUGCACAAUUUCGUGAUAACUACUUUAAAGCUUUGUUCCGUAUAUUAAAUUAUGUUGGUUUGAUUUUAC